AUGGCCGACAUGGAGGAAGAGCUGAAAUGCCCCGUUUGCGGCUCUUUCUUCCGAGACCCCAUCAUCCUGCCCUGCUCGCACAAUGUGUGCCUGCCCUGUGCGCGCAACAUCAUUGUGCAGACCCCCGAGGCCGAGUCCCCGCAGAGCCGAGCCUCCGCCUCCGCCUCCGACUACGACUACCUGGACCUGGACAAGAUGAGCCUGUACAGCGAGGCGGACAGCGGCUACGGCUCCUACACCAGCUUUGCCCCGGUCACGCCGAGCCAGAAGUCGCCGAACGGGGUCCGGGUCUUCCCGCCCGCCCCGGUCCACCGCAAUUCGUGCCUGACCUGCCCGCAGUGCCACCGCAGCGCGCUGCUCGAGGAGCGGGGGCUCCGCAGCUUCACCAAGAACCGCCUGCUGGAAGCCAUCGUCAGCCGCUACCAGCAGAACCGGGCCGUGGCCACCAAGUGCCAGCUGUGCGAGCGCAGCCCGGUCGAGGCCACCGUCAUGUGCGAGCAGUGCGAUGUGUUUUACUGCGAGCCGUGCCAGCAGAGGUGCCACCCGGCCCGCGGGCCGCUGGCCAAACACCGGCUCAUCCCGCCGGUCCAGGGCCGAGUCACCAGGAAGCAGCUGAUCGCCCGCAAACUCGCCACCUGCACCGAGCACGACCUGGAGAACCACAGCAUGUACUGCGCCAACUGCAAAGCCCCGGUGUGCUACCAGUGUCUGGAAGAAGGCAAGCACGCCAAGCACGAAGUGAAGGCGCUGGGAGCCAUGUGGAAGCAGCACAAGGCUGAACUAUCGCUAGCAUUAAAUGGAGUGUCUGACAAAGCAAAGGAGGCCAAAGAAUUUUUGGUGCAACUGAAAAAUAUGGUACAGCAAAUUCAGGAAAAUGGCGUAGAGUUUGAAGCCUGUCUUGUUGCACAAUGCGAUGCACUUGUAGAUGCAUUAAAUCGUCAAAAAGCAAAGUUGCUCACCAGAGUUACAAAGGAACGUGAGAAUAAAUUAAAGGUUGUUCGGGACCAGAUAAGUCACUGCACAGUGAAGCUCCGCCAGACCACAGGCCUCAUGGAGUAUUGUCUGGAAGUCAUGAAAGAGAAUGAUCCUAGCGGAUUUCUACAGAUUUCAGAUGCUCUGAUCAAGCGUGUACAAACGUCUCAAGAACAGUGGGUCAAAGGAGCUUUAGAGGCCAAAAUAAAUCCUGACUUUGAUCUGACACUUGACAGUGGUCCGUUACUUCAAUCAGUUCAUCAACUGGACUUUAUUCAAAUGAAAGGUAAGUGACACUUCACAACAGCUAAGGUUACAUAUAAUGCUAUAGGGCAAAAAAAAGAUAAGUUAUCCUUAGUUUCCUCUGCAGUGCCACCUGUACCUAUACUGCAACUGGAAAAAUGCUGUACUCAUAACAACAAUGCUACACUUGCAUGGAAGCCGCCUCCACUCAACCAGACUCCGAUUGAAGGCUACAUCCUAGAACUUGAUGAUGGAAGUGGGGGUCCUUUUCGAGAGGUGUAUGUUGGCAAAGAAACUGUGUGCACAGUAGAUGGACUUCAGUUCAACAGUGCCUACAAUGCCAGAGUAAAAGCCUUUAACUCAGCAGGUGUUGGACCUUACAGUAAAACAGUUGUGCUGCAGACAUCUGAGGUGGCUUGGUUCACCUUUGAUGCCAAUUCUGCCCAUCCAGAUAUCCUAUUGUCUAACGAUAAUCUUACAGUUACGUGCAAUAGUUAUGACGAUCGUGUUGUCCUUGGAUCUGUGGCAUUCUCAAAAGGAGUCCAUUACUGGGAACUGUCUAUUGAUCGCUAUGACAAUCACCCAGACCCUGCUUUUGGAGUGGCAAGGAUUAAUUUAAUAAAAGAUAUGAUGCUUGGAAAGGAUGAUAAGGCCUGGGCCAUGUAUGUUGAUAACAACCGUAGUUGGUUUAUGCAUGGCAAUUCUCACACAAACAGGACAGAAGGUGGGAUUUCAAAGGGUAAAACAGUUGGAGUUCUUCUGGAUCUUAGCAAACGCACCCUUGCAUUUUAUAUAAAUGAUGUGCAACAUGGACCUGUAGCGUUUGAAAAUUUGGAUGGAAUUUUUGUGCCAGCUGUCAGCAUCAAUAGGAAUGUCCAGGUAAACUGAGCAAUUCUAAUAAU